AUGGCGAGCCCGUUCAAUCCGUUUGCUGGCCGCGGCCAGAAAACCGGAGAGGCAAGCACUACCGGACGUGGACGAGGGUCAGCGCAAGGGUCACAGUCCCAUCCGAGAGGUGGCUCGGAUCGAGGAAACAAAUGGGUCGCACGGGGACGAGGGCGAGGAGGACGGGGACGAGGAGCAGAUGGGACCCUGUCAUCUCGUGGGCGCGGCGCGGGCGCUGCGGCCAGAGGCGCGUCUCGUGCCGCAAGCUUGACCCCGGAGACCUCGUCGGUAGCCGAGAGCACCACCAACUCGCCAUUUGCGCAAUUGAGCCACCAAAAUGCACCCUCGACCGUGUUCGGCGGACAGCCAGCCCCGAAUAAGUCACCUUUUGCGGGCGUGGGAGCUGGUACCGCCGCUCGGAACAACACCUUCAGCCCCGGCGCGGCUCAACACAACUCUCGACAGUCGUCAGCAGUCAAUGGCAAUGGAGGUUCAGGAAAAUCAGUGUCCAUUGAGGAUACAUCGAUGUCGGGCUCUUACCAGGAUCGCUACGAACAGCUGAAAGUCGACCGGGCGAAGCAACGACAAAGGGCGAUCAGAGCGGGACUGAUGGCCGACCCGAAUCAGCCCACCUCGUUGAACAAGGCCAUCACGCCCGUAGGCACUUGCACCAGCAUGUGUCCCGAGUUUGAGCGGGUGGAGCGCAUCGUCCAGAAGAUGGUGGAUAAAAGCGAAAAGUAUCUGGACCCGUCAACGAAUUCCAUGCAGAAUAUGGAAGACAAGAUGCUUAAACGUUUUCGACGUUCCGCGGCUGGCUAUGAUGAGCAGCUCCCCUCCGAUAUCCGUACCCCGAAGACGCUUCUGCAGACCACCAAUUACUUGAUUCGACAUGUCAUUGGUGGAAAUGAACCUCUGGGCAUCAUCCACAAAUUUGUCUGGGAUAGGACACGGUCGAUUCGCAAUGAUUUCUCCGUUCAGCAGGUCACCCAGGAAGCCGACGUCAGGAUCGCUGUGUUGUGCUUGGAGAGAAUUGCCCGAUUCCAUAUCCUAUCGCUUCACCUACUCUCCAGCCCUGCGAAUGAGGAGCAGUUUGAUCGCCACCAGGAACGUGAACAGCUUAACAACACCAUGUUGUCGUUGAUGUACUACUACGAUGAUAAUCGUGGACGUGUCAUGUUCCCCAAUGAGGACGAGUUCCGUGCAUACUACAUCCUCUUCUCCAUCCACGACCAACGGCCCGAUCUCGAAGCCCGUGUACAGAAGUGGCCCCCAGCACUACUCAACUCCCCUCGCGUUCAGGUGGCAUUGGACCUGUAUGCAGCAGCUUGCAACACAUGGGAGUACCAGGGUACUUUGGAUGCGCGUCGACCCAAUGCUAUUGCCCAGGGGUUCUACGCGCGCUUCUUCCACAUAAUCGACUCGCCGAGUGUGUCUUACCUCAUGGCCUGCGUGGCUGAGAUCUAUUUCAACCACGUCCGGCAGACAACCAUUCGUGCGAUAUGGAAGGCUUACUGUCGAAUCCCGGCGUCGCAGCAGCACAAGAACGAUGAGUGGACAAUAGAUCAAUUAACCAACGUGCUGCACUUUGACGACGACGAUCAGACGAUCAAAUUUUGUGAGGAGCAAGACCUCCAGCUGGCUGAGAAUGCGAACGGCCAGAUGUAUCUCAACUGGGGCAAUCGCCCUGUUGACUCUGUCGCAUUCUCACCCUCUUCCGAGCACGCCUUCUCGGAGACGUACGUCGAGUCAAAGCGUGCAGGUCGAGUACUGGUUGCCGUGGUUCUCGGAAUGACCGUUAGAGAGGCCGCAGCGAUGGGCAUGAUUGACGAGUCGGCUGUGCCCGAGCGUAUGCAACAGUCUCCGGUGCUAUCGCCUGCUCAACCGGGACCGGAGGACUCCCUCUUUGUCAGUGACAGGGAGAACACGACUCCUGCUCCUUUGGUAGAGAUUAUACCUCCGUCUCUGGACGGUGAGAACCCGGAUUCGGCUUCACCCACAAAGAGCGCCUUCAACGUCUUCCAGCAACCGACAUCCUCUCCCUUUGGGAACCAAACUCAGCCUCCUCUGCCUGCGGCACCGGCUACAAAUCCUUUCGCCUCGAUGUUCUCCAGCACUGAGGCCAACAAGGCAUCGGAACCUGCACCAGCGAACCCAUUUGCUGCAAAGAUUUCACCAUCACCUUCUCCUUUCAAUCUCCCGAAACCAGCCGGCUUAACUCAGACGGCCAAGGACAACCCAAGGGAAGCUCCGAACCCAUAUGCAGAUUCUCUCAUCAUCUCUCCGGAGCUCUCUCAAACAGCACCGAAAGUGAGCACAGCUGCUAACCCCUCGGCGUUCACCUUCCCUAAGUCGGUGGAGACAGUUGGAAAUGAGAGCGCCUCUGGAUCCUCAUCUCCCUUUACGUUUCCCAAGCCGACUGAGACAGCUGCGAAGGUGACCACGCCUGUUGCUUCAACUAAUCCAUUUGCUGCAUCUUUGUCUGCUUUUGCACCUAUAAAGCCGUCGGGGCCGGCAGAUAAUGCUGAUGCUGCUACUACUGCUUUCUCCGCUCCUCAGCAGGCAGAUUCAUUAUUUUCGACAUCGAAGCCUCUGUUCCCUUCUACAGAGGCCAAGGAUACUAUUUCCACAAAGCCGGCAGAGCGUUUGACUGCUACACCAUCUCUUUUCAAGACAAACUCCUCUCAGCCUUCUACGGAUUCCACCCUUUCCCCGUCCUCCUCACCCUUCACAUUCCCUACCUCUACAUCUACGCCCUCAUCUCAACCCCAAACAGCCGCAUCAAUCGCUGCAGAAGCUAGCUCGAACCGACAGACUUCUAGCGUCUUCGAGUCGGCCAAAUCAUCGCCAUUCGGUGGAUUCUCGCAGUCUUCCCCGUUCCAGCCCCCCAAGGCACCUGCUUCUAAAGAGAAAGGAAUCUAUGAAGCUGAAGAAAUUUCUGUACCUGCCACUCAGCCCGGAGAGCUUCAGCCUCCAUCAGCGACAGAUCCAGCACCGAUUCCAAAGCUCUUUGGUCCGACGGCUGGAUUGUCUGGUUUCUCUGCGUUCCACAACCAGAAGCCUUUGUUCCCCUCUGCAAGCACGAAUGAUACCAUCCAGUGGGCAACAUCGGCAAAUGGAAAGGCUUCAAUGUUCCCUCCAGCCAAGUCUAGUCCAUUUGCGCAGCCGUCGAAGCCCAAGCAGGACGGUUCCGCAUCUGCUAUAUCGCAAAAGCCUUUCCCAACCGGGGCCGCUGCGAAGAGUCCAGAACCGAUAGAGCCCGCUCUGUCAGUCUCACAGCUGGAGCAAUCCACCACCUCUCUCAGCUCAAGCCAGGCUUCCGCCACCUCCGACACUCUCUCAUGGCGACCUCCUCAGACCGAAGAGGAAAAACAGGCUGUAUGGGAUAGGAUUCUCCGGCGCGCAGAGGAGAAAGUAGAGCGCAAGGAAGCCAAGCGGAAGCGGAAGCGCGCUCUUGAAGAACGGGCCCUGGCCACAUCGACUCGUGAAGAACCCGGUGCAAAAGUAUUAAAGGUGUCGUCGGAUUCCACUGAGUCAUCACCACCUCCUAAGACAUUCUCCCUCGCCGAAUCCUCCAUCAAAGCUCUGCCAACCCUGCCGGUCCUGGAACGCGCCAAGGCCCUCAUUGAGCAAAAGUCUGUCUAUGAGCCCGAUCCCGAGAUUGCAAAGAAACGCCAACGCCAGAUCGAUGAGGACGAGAUGCUUCUUAAUUCUGCUCGCAUCGCAGCCGAGCAAUUGCGCACCGGACCCAAGAUCUUCGACGAGGUGUCGCCGCAAAGCAUGGCUGACUACAACGCAUAUCAUGAAUACUGGGCGGAACGUGGGAAGCGAACCCGCUCCUAUAGCAGCCUCAGCCCUUCGGUCACUCCCUACGCGCAGAGCGCCUCGCCGCCAGCGUUCCCGCGCCAUCCUUACGAGGUUGCUUAUGCACCCGAUACGCCUUUGGGUCUCGGGAGGACAAUGUCUCGGACAGAGUACCGCAUUCGAAUGACUGGUGGCCACGGGCUGGCGUACAAGCCGCUGGACUACUCCCGUCUGAAGAAUCGGGGAAAGGGGAGUAACCCCAGUAACCAGGGCCAGGAUAUGGAUCAGGGGAAGAACGGGUUUUCGCAGAGUCGUUAA